GGGGAGGAGCCUUCUCAUCAGCCUAUCACCGCUCUCCUGGUUGCUUACGUCGACACCCGGAAGUGUCUGUGCGAUUUGUUUUGUUUUGGUUGCGGGAGUUGGGUUGACGGCAGGCGAGCAGUGAGAGGUCCGCCCAGGGCAGACCCGCUCGCUCAUGGGGAGAGCCAGCCCGGGGAUGGAAGAUGACUCACCGGUAGCUCGAGCUUGUACCAUGCCGAGGUUUAUCAGCAGCUAUGACGACACCAAGGGGAAAUUGUCCCGCAACUUAUCGAGAGAAACUUCAUUCGCGGACGUGAAAGUUAAGCGGCAGGUGAGGUCGGCGAGCGUCCGAGUCGGCAGGUCCAGCUCCCGGCUGUCUCUCGAUGAGGACGACGGGAACUCGGAGGAGAGGAGCCGCGGCGAGGAGAAGGAUGCGGAGGGCAACAACAACAACAACUGCAACGGCGUAGGAAGAGCGAGGAGGAGGGCGAGCGCCGUCGAAAUCCCGAGGAGGAAUUUCGGGGAUUUUUCGGCCCUUCUCGGUGCUCACAGUCGGAUGCAGCGCGAACAAGGAAGCGCGAGAACCGACAUCACCGACGAGAACGGAGCUGAAUGUGAGGAGUGUAAAAACUCUGACGACAAAACGCGACAACCUGGCUGUCAAAACGAACAAACCCCCAGCGGCUUGACUUCUAAUGGAGGUGAAAGUGUGGCGGCGGAGUGCCAGCGUGCAUGCGAAAGCGGCAGCAGCGCAGUCCCUCCGGGGGAGCCCUCUCAGGCCAAAGAGCACGUCUACUGCACCGUUUACUGCAUCGAGAACGACCGGCAUCAAGCGCGCGCGGAAAUCACGGAUGACGCCACGGAAAUCCUCCUGGAGACGGGACAGGUGGGCGACCCGAGCCCGGAGCCGGAGCUGUACUCGCUGGACGACCUGGUGGACCCGUUCGAGGACAUCUCCCAGUGGCUGUACAGGGAGCAGGUCGAGGCGGGCACGUUGAUGCAGAGCUGUCGGGUGUGUCUGGAGGAGAAAUCGAUCGUUUCCCUUCCCUGCUGCGGGAAGGCCGUGUGUGACGCGUGCCUGAAGCUCUACGUCAGCUCGCAGGUGAGGUUGGGGAAACACCUCAUUAGCUGUCCCAUCCCGGAGUGCAGUGGCACGCUGGAGGAGAGGUUGGUGCUUUCCCAUUUGACCGCUGAGGACGUGGCCAAAUACCAAUACUUUUUAGAACUGAGUCAACUGGACUCGAGCACCAAGCCGUGUCCGCAGUGCAGCAAGUUCACGUCGCUGAAGACGCACAACCCCAACCGGUCCGAGUCCAAGUUCAAGAUCCAGUGUAGCAACUGCCAGUUUGUUUGGUGCUUCAAGUGCCAUGCGCCGUGGCACGACGGAAUCAAAUGCAGAGACUACAGGAAAGGAGACAAGCUGCUACGGAGCUGGGCAAGCGUCAUCGAACACGGGCAGAGAAACGCUCAGAAGUGUCCACAAUGCAAGAUUCAUAUUCAGCGAACGGAGGGCUGUGAUCACAUGACUUGCGCCCAGUGUAAUACUAACUUCUGCUAUCGCUGUGGAGAACGCUACCGGCACCUCAGGUUUUUUGGCAACCAUGCAUCAAAUCUCAGCGUGUUUGGGUGCAAGUAUCGCUACCUGCCCGAUAAACCUCACCUGAGGCGACUAAUUAGAGGAUCUGUCUGUGCCACUAAGGUCCUGAUAGCUCCAGUGGUCAUUCUUCUGGUCAUUGUUCUUGGAGCUCUUGCGCUGGUGAUAGGUUUGGUUGCUUUUCCUGUCUACUACGUGUGCAAGAGAAAGAAGAAGCAGCGCACUCGAGGCUCUGGACGCUGGAUCUGACCUCCUCUCCUCCCAGAUGACCGCCACAUCUCCUCAGGGAAAGACGUUUCCAGCCUGAGACGGGAGGAAACUCUGAGAGAAAAGCCAACACUGGCAGUUUGCUUCGGAGGAACAUAAGUAAAAAGAGGCUGCACAUUUACAAUAUUUAUACUGCAUGGGACACUAUACUAGAAGGAGCGGAAUGUCGGCAUGCUGGAAGUGGAAGCAGAAAGGAACUUUUUAAAUUUGGUUACAUAGUGAAAAGGGACUUUGCCCCUAAAAACUUCCUCUGAACUGCACCGGGGUGUCCACUCUUUUGUGAUAUACAUUUAUCAAUAGUGCAAAAUGUGAAUGUUCUGCUCCCUGAGAGAACUAACAGUCACCAAACUCUCCUGGAGUGAUGGGUAAUUGAGUUCACGAGGGUGGGUGGAAUUUCUGGCCUUCAGGUGCCUGACCUGAACGAAAAGGCUUUUCUGUUUUGCAUAUAGUGUUUGUGCCACCAAAAAGAAAAAGGAAAACAAAUGUUUUCAUCAAAUUUUGGUGAAGGUCCCAGCCAGAAAGUCCAGGUGGGCCCAUAUGGUUCAAACUGGGCAGAAAAUGUGGCACAGAUUGGUUUGUCCACAGUUUCUGUGGUGGCCCUAUCUGUUCCCACAUUAGCUUCAGUGGGCACUCAGGGUAGGCUUGCUACGCUAGCUGGUGGACAGAGGAGCUCGCUACAGUGAAGCUCACUAGCUUGAUACAACGGAGCUAGCUUGCUCGAUUAACUGGAGCUUGCUAGCUCGUUAAAGCAGAACUCGCUAGCUUGAUACAGUGGGGCUCGCAAGCUCAAGACAGCAGAGCUUGCUAGCUUGAUACACAAGAGUUCACUAGCUUGAUUAUCUGGGGCUCGUUAGCUUGAUACAGCAGAGCUGCAAGCUCAAUACCCUAGAGCUCGCUAGCUUGAAACAGCAAAGCUUGCUAGCUUGAUAUAAUGGAACUCGCUAGCUUGAUGUACCAGAGCUAGCUAGUGUGAUACAGCAGAGCUUGCUAGCUUGAUACAGCAGAGUUCGCUAGCUUUCUACCGUGGACUUUGCUAGCUUGCUACAGCGGAGUUCGCUACAGCAGAUCUUGCUAGCUUAAUACAGUGGAGCUUGCUUGCAUGCUACGCCGUCCACCAGGAGGCUGGCUAGCGUAGCGAGCCGACCCACCUAAGCUAACGUGGAAAAACACCGGUGUGGACACCACAGAAACUGUUGACAUAGCCAUUUGGGGCCCACAUUUUCUCCCCUCUUUUAAACCAUAUGGGGCCCACUUGGCCUCACUGGCUGGGAUCAGAGUUCUCAUAUUUUAUUUUUUUUUUCAAGCAGAAGGUCUUCUUUUGUUGUGGGAAAAAUUUCCACUGCGUUUCCAGUCACACGCUGGGGUGUGAGGUUCUGACCUGGUUCUCAAAUUCUUGCCAGAAGGCUGAAAACUGAUUGGGCGUGUGCCCCCAACUCCCAGCUUUAAUCCACUGGUAUUUCUACAUGAUAUGUUCAUUUCAGAAGCUGAUUUAUUUUUUUAGCUCUUCUUUUUUUCCGUGUUCGCUCAAGCUGUCUGUUUAGAGGAGCU